AUGGGGAAUAAGAAUCAUAAAGGCCGCCACGGCCGGGGCAAUAUGGGUGGAAAUAAAAAGCCUCCACUGACACAUUUCCUCUGCCUGCCCCUUGUCAACCAAUCCUCUGCUACCCAGCUCGUUAAUUCCCUAGCGGAUUUUAAAUCGAAAAUUCCACUUAUUUUUCCGCCAGCAGCUGCAAGAGCAGAAGCAGUAGGGCAUGCUGUGCGCAUACCAUUGGUCCCCGAUGAUGCUAUGAGGCCCCUCGGGACCUUGCAUCUGACGCUAGGUGUCAUGAGUCUCACGACGGAGGAAAGACUACAGCAAGCUCUAGAUUUUCUGCAAUCCUUGGACCUCAAUUCAUUGCUAAAGGAGGCGGGGACUCAGGCGGAGUCGACAUCUGAUGAGCAGUUAUGCAAAGCUACAGCCGAUGAGAGCUUGGAGCCUCUUACUAUUACGCUAACUUCGCUAUAUGCACUGCCGAAACCUCGCUCUGCAACAAUACUACAUGCCCAUCCCUUAGAUCCAACGUCACGUCUCUACCCUUUCUGUGUCAACUUGCGAAACAAGUUCAUUGAAGCGGGGCUUAUGCACUGUGAAAUGAUUAAAGAUCCGAAAGGCAAAUGGAGAGCUCAGGGAGAGGAGAAUACACCUCAGUCUACCAGCGUAUCGAGGCCGACAGUUGAGCACAGUGAUAGUGAUAGCGAUGGUGGUGUGGACCUACCCGUCAUUCGCAACGCAAAAUCUACUGCUUUGGGCCAAGAAGGGCUGGUGCCCAGACCACUCCUGCUACAUGCCACGAUAUCAAACACCAUAUAUGCAAAAAGCCGGCGGACCUUCUCAAAUGACAAGAGAAAGAAGAGGGAGGCCUAUAAGUUUGAUGCAACGGAAUUAAUUGCCAUGUUUGGGGACAAUGCUAGUCCGCAUAGCCAAGGUCAAAACAAGAGUCAAAGUAGGUCUCAGCCUCUUCCAAGCCGAGCUAUCCCGCGAUCGAUGCCACAAGAGACUCAAGAAACUGAAACCUGUGAAGAAAAUCAUGGCGAAAAACAAUUGCAAGCUCAGAGAAAUGCUGCGAGAGAGCCAUAUAUCUGGGCAAAGGACAUCUUGCUCGAUCGCAUAUGCAUCUGUGAAAUGGGUGCUAAGCCCGUGCCACAUGAUGAGUCAAAGGAAGGCCCUGCCUUGGUUGAAGAGUACACUGUUGUUGGAGAAAAGAGGUUUUGA